AUGAAGGAUGUGGUCGCACUGAGGUGCACAUUAGCAAAGCUGCGCCCCUUUGGGUGCAGCUCUGAGGAUGGCAUGCAGCAGCUUGCCUGUUCCAUUGUGGAUCACAUCUUUCAUGGGGGCGGCUUGCAAUGUCAUGUCGCUGUGCAGUGUGAAGCAUAUCCAUUCUCAGCCAUUGUCACCAAGCAUCUCAGCCACCAUAUGGCAGGCGGUCACAUCACGGGAUAUCCAGCUGAUGUGGAUGAUGAUGAUGAUGAACACACUCUUAGCAGGAGAUUGUUACUGUUAGUGACUUAUUUAGUCGUCUAUCUGAUGCUUGGACGCUAG